AUGUCGUCUCCAGGCCAGCCUUCGCGCCUGAACAAGUGGUGGCCCAUCGGCUUCUUCAUCGCCGCCAUCAUCUGCUUCAUCAUCGGCGGUGCUCUGGUUGGAGUCUGGUCAGCCAACUCCAUCAAUGACUGCUCUUACAGCUCCUACUCGUCCUACUACUAUUCCGACUACUCAUGUACUUCAACGAACAUGGGCGAGUUCUGGGGCGGCGUCGCUUUGUUCGUCAUCGGUGGUGUCUGCAAGCUCACGGGUUGGGUUCUUCUCAUUAUCUUCUGCGUCAAGCGCAGCCGCAACAACCACACCACCGUCACAUACGUCAAUCACCCUCCUGUCCAGCAGCAGCAAUUCCAGCAGCCUUACGCUGCUCCCCAGCCAGUCUACGCUCCCUCCCACCAGAGCGCCCAGUUCACUCGCUCCCCUGGCUCCCCGGGUCCCGUGUACCCCGAGAUGGCUAACUCUUCUAUCUCCGGUACUCCCCCUCCCAAGGAGGCUGGUGCUACUGCCACUGCGUUCAAGUACUGCCCUCAGUGUGGAACUGCUGUUUCCAGUCGUUUCUGCCCUCAGUGUGGAGCCCAAUCCUAG